UCACCGCGGGGGUGGCAGCGGUGAAAUAAUAAUUGUGCUUUCAAAAUGAGAAUGAGUAAUUAAAAUUACUCAUUCUCAAUUAUUAUUAAAAAUAAUAAUAAUAUUUUGGAUAGGAAGCGUACUCGAUUAACAGCAGGAGCUCUGCUUAGAGUUCCAUUUCCCCUUUUUGAAAAAUGGAUUCCGGAGUCAUUGUUUAAGAACACCUGGACUGUCCCUGUUUGCCAGUUCAUUUAUAGGCCUUGUUUUUACAUAAAAGCUGUGGUUUAAACUCAGCUUAAACAGCUCAGUCAGGAAAAGAACGACAUUUAUUAAAGCUUAGACAGCAAAUUCUACGUUAUACCAUAUUUCGAAUGGAUUGAGGUGUUUAUUCAGUGGAUAGUCAACCGAGGGGGAGUGUCCAGCCCUCUACUGAGAACAUAAAAGCGCCUGCCAACAGUACAGACGCCAAAGUCAGCCUUUUUAUACGCCCGACUCUGUGCAAUCCUCGAGAUGGCGAUCACUCGGACCAAGGCUUGUUGCGGUGUGUUUUUAAUUCUGCUCAUUGUGACUGUGACCGUUGCUUUGAUCGCCACUUUGGUUGUGAAGUCCAGACGCUCACCCAAAGACAGGAAUUGCUUCAGGUAUGCUGCUGUGGCUGCUGACUCGGAGGUCUGUUCAGAAAUCGGCAGUGAUAUGCUGUAUGUGGGAGGUUCGGCAGUAGAUGGCGCCAUUGCAGCACUGCUGUGCACCUCGUUGAUGAAUCCACAGAGCAUGGGCAUUGGUGGAGGAGUGAUUUUCACCGUUUACAACGCCAACGGUACAGUUAAAAUCAUAAAUGCACGAGAAACUGUCCCGAGAAACGUCAAACCCGACCUGUUGGGAGAAUGUCCAAAGACCUUUCAGUUGAUGCCAGGCUCCAAGUGGAUGGGUGUGCCAGGAGAGAUCCGAGGCUACGCAGAGGCACACAGGCUGUAUGGCAGGUUACCCUGGAGAAUUCUGUUUCAACCUGCCAUCAAGCUGGCAAGACAAGGCUUCCCCAUCCCUGUAACACUGGGCUUGUACCUCAAAUAUAUUUCAAGAAGUAUUAGAAAUUCAUCACUAUGUGCGGUGUUCUGUGAUGACAAAGGGGAAGUCUUAAAGGAAGGUCAGAUAGUUCGGUACCCCAAGCUGGCCGACACGCUGGAACUCAUUGCUGACCACGGGCCCGAUGCUUUCUACAAGGGGCCACUAGUAGAGGCAAUGGUGCAAGACACAGAGAGCCAAGGUGGAACUCUGACUGCUGAAGACUUUGAAAACUUCAAAGCCAAAAUCCAAGAUCCCCUGCAAGUUGAGACGGGUGGUUAUUUACUAUACAUGCCACCCCCGCCAGCAGGGGGCGCCGUUCUCAGCUUCAUACUCAAAGUCAUGGAAGGGUUCGGAUUAACUCCCGACUCUCUGAAGGGAGCGAAUAGAACCCUUACCUACCACCGCAUCAUCGAGACUCUCAAAUUCGGAAAUGGCCAGAAGAGAAAUCCCAACAUGAGUGCUGAAGAAGUCCAAAACUUGAUAUCUGAAGGUUUUGCCAAUCGUGUUAGAAAGCUGAUCAACGAUGACCGCACCCACCCUCUCCAGUAUUACUCUCGCUCCCCUGGCAGGGACUCUGUGGGCACCACACACGUGUCUGUCCUCGCGGAGGAUGGGAGUGCCGUCUCUGUCACCAGCACCAUCAACCACAUCUUUGGCUCAAUGGUGUAUUCUCCAAAGACGGGUGUGAUUUUCAAUAACGAGCUUGCUGACUUCUGUGGGAAAAAUAGAAGCAUUUUGCCAGGAGAACAGCCUCCUUCAUCUGUAGCUCCCCUCGUGUUUGUCAACAAGAGCAGAAACUCCAUGCUGGUGAUCGGUGGGUCUGGAGGGAGUAUGAUAACCAGCAGCACUGCUCAGGUUAUCAUGAAUCAUCUCUGGCUGGGCUAUGAUUUGAAAGACGCAAUAGAUGCUCCAGUGUUGUAUGUGACCCCGACGAACGAAGUGCAGUUUGAGAAGAACUUCAACACGACUGUGAAAGAGGAGCUGAGAGCAAUGGGCCACACGGUGACAGAAAGCGCUCACUUUUUCAAUGUGGUGAAUGCCGUAUCAAAGCAAGGGGGGUGCAUCGCUGCAGUGUCAGAUGCCAGAAAGAAGGGUGUUGCAGCUGGAUAUUAACAAGCUGAUACCUGCCUGGCUCCAUAGACCAGGCUGCUCCUAGAAAACCAAGGCCACACUGCAUGUGGUUUUGCAAAGGUGUGAGAGGUCUAUGUGGCACACUGCCUUGGUGAUUAGCCUUCUUCCCCUGGAAGCCUGAGCUCAUUGGACAGUCAACAUCACAAAACCAUCAACCAAGUUGGAAUAAUUACCAUCUGGCAAGGAAAUGGCAGAGCUCCUGCUGUCCUUUACAUCCUUGAGUCAUUCAUGAGCGCCAACAAUGUGAAUUCAACGCGUGUUCUAUUAUAGGAUCCAUUUGGAUCAGACCCAAAAUGUGUACAUACUGUACAGUACAUUGGCCCAUAUGACAAUACAGGCUGGCUGUUAUCAAGACCAGUGUAUUCUAGAGUUUAAAUGCUGAGAUACUUUUAAUUUGAUGUAUAUUGUGGAGAACUGGGGAAUAUCUGGUAACAGACCUACAGUCCCAUGUACACACUGUACUGUGCUGUGGAUGUGUGCUGUUGUGUUGCUAUAUCGCUGUCGCCUGUAUAGUUUCUUGCAAUGCAGCUUGUUAAAGGUGUGUCUCUACAAUGAUUUUGUGAGCAUCCUGUUCUGUAUCUACUGUAGUACGGUAUUGAUUGAAAUAUACUGUGCCACUCAUUGUUGACCUUUCCUUUUGGGGUAUUGCCUCCUGAAACCCACAGCUAACUGCAACAGCAGACUCGACCCACAGGCAAAGGGGCAAGUACAUUGGGACAACCCAUUCCCUGGGUAUCACAUGCUAAAGAGGCAGAAGGAUCUCGGGCAGAGUUUGUUAGGAUGUGUAUCUCGUACAGUUCAUUACAUGUUGCCGCUCAUCCUCUCUACCUUCCAGCGCUUUGAUCUGGGAUUGAUGCUGCUUGUUUUAUAUGCUUGUCUUUUAAUGUGUAACUGUCUCUACUUCCAUUCCUUAUUACCUUUGUCAAGCGAAGGGAUUGCGCCACAGAGUUUACCUACUUUUAUUUGUUUAAAUGUUGAUAUGUUUGUUUAAAUGUGGGUUCAUGAACACAGUAUAAUAUCCCAUUAGUAUAUAGAGUAAGUAUACAGUUGUGUUGGAUAAAGGUGAACAGUCCAUCUUGAACUGUCAAAGACAGCAAGCUGCAACCCCCUUCCAGCAGUGUUAUCGUAUCUCAAAGACUUUUAUUUUUGCCCCAGACCAUCAGCUGCUUUAAAAUCAAAUUUCUUUGUUUUAAAAAAAAAAAAAAAAAGGUAGGACUUCUUAAACGCUUGAGUUGCGUUUACUUGGCAUUUACAGCCCCUUUAAGUAAACAUGUCCGAGUUGAGAGCACUUUCCAAAGACAGACAGUCUUGUCCAGACACUCUUUAAGAGGGAAUGCAACCCUGGCAUUACAUUGAAAAGAACUUCAGCUAUUUGACAGUGUGAGACGUGCAGAGCGUCCCUGAGCUACAGCGUUCCCUCCUCUCACUACAUUUGUCUUUUUGUGCUUUACUGUUGACAACUACAAUUAAGUUCACAUGGACUGAUUUAAAUAUGUAGAUUGUAAUUUUUAUACCUCAUUGUUUUUGUACAUGUUAAAAGGAUUUAUUAACUGCAUAUGUACAAAUUAGAUGAUGAGUCCAUAUGUUUUAUUUUCUUUAAUAAGCAAAGACUGUGCAUUUAUUAUAAACAGCCUCACAGUUUCAGUUAUGAAUUGCUGUACUUGCAUUUAGCAUGUUUGGUUCUCAUAAGGUACUUAGGAAUGCUGGCUUGCACUGGAAAAUAAUCUGAGUAAUGAGUAAUGCAAACCCGCAAGUCCUGAUAGUUGCCAGCAUUGCAAGCCGAUUCUGGUAAAGAAAUCCCCGUUCUGAGCGUGCCCUGCUGCUGGUCCUUGUCUUGUAACUGAAGCCGCUUCUCAAGGUUUUGCAGCUGAGCCGGUGACAGGGUCUUCAGUAGCCCGCAGGGUAGCCCCCCUUCCUGUAGUCCGACUCUGCGUGCAGUUCACUGUCGUGUCGCACGAUGGCUUGCACUACCGAUUUGAGGGGAGACGGCUUUAUCUCGUGGUGCUUCAGCACAAGCCCUUCUUUUAUACUCUGAGAACACAAUCGCACAUGUAAAUUAGGACUUGGAUUCAACCUGCUUCUCACCACUAAACUGUUAAGACCCCUAAUCAUCUAAACAAUGGCAGAUCUUAAUACCACAACCCUAGCUGAUAUUGUGCAAACCUCUUUCCCCUGUAUUAUUGAUUGUGUUUAGUGAUGCUAAUAAAACAGUCAGUAACACAUUAAAGGUGUCAGUAUUCAGAUCUGCUCUGCUCUGUUUGGAUCAUUAAAAGAAUGUGUUGCCGUUGA